AAUGCGUUCGGCAUUGACAUCGGAUGUGUCUGACGCACGUAUUAUCGUUCGAUAAUUACAUCUAGAUGUAGGGGAGGUAAAUCUGUUUCGUUCGACAUUUCACGUCCGAAGUAUCCGGAUGAAAUCUUUUUGCUCGGCCCCGAGAGACGGAGGGAAACGAUGAAUCGAAAGUGGGCGAGCGUUGAUUGACAUUUGACAUUAUUUGAUAUUUGUAUUUUGCGUCUUGCGCAAGUUUGCUGUUCUGUAUUUUGCAUUUUUGUCCGGAAUGUCGCUUCAAAUUGAACUGCGGGAUGAAGAACAACAGAAAACGUACAGAAUCUGCGUAAGUGAUGAGGAAUAUAAUGAGAUAAUCGGAAAAGGAAAUAUAGCACUCGCCACACGAUUACUCAUAAUGCAAAAGGAGAAAGAGGAGACGAUGCAUAUAUACAAUAAUACGAAUGUAUUUAUGUCCCAAACUCCAGAUUUGUUCGAAACACCACACGUUAGCAGUGAAGAGCUGCCAAUAGAAUGCCCAAGCCCUGCCAGAGUGCCAAUACCUGAGCCUACCUCAAUUCAAGAGAACACCAAGCUUUGGAGUCAUGAGGCUACCCUUAUGUUGAUUCAACUUUGUGGCAAAUACGAGAAAGAGUUCCAAAAUAGUGUGAAGAAAUAUGUGUGGCAGAAGAUUGCUAAGGAACUGUCACAAUGUUUCAAUCAAAAAUUUGAAAUUCAACAGUGUGAUACUAAAUUUAAGGGCCUAAAACAUACUUACAAGACCAUAAAAAAGCACAAUGAAGAAUCUGGUAACAACAGAAAGGAGUGGAAGUAUUUUGAUCAAAUGAAUGAACUUUUAUUUUCAAGACCCGAAAUUAAUUCGCCAGCAACAUGUUCCAGUAGAGUGGGACUGCAUGUACUUGGUGAAAGGACAAAUAUUCUAGGAGAAAGAACAACUGGAGGAAGUAAUGUUGAAAUAGUAACCACAAAUAGUGAGAUAGUCACCACUCCAAGCACAAGCUAUCAGUCCUCAUUCAUACGAAAAAGAAAAUUAGCAGAAAAUGCUAAUGAAAGAAGACAUAAAGAAAAAAUGGCUAGGCAAGAUCGCUAUCUUGAUCUUUUAGAGAGAUUGACAAAAGCAGUAGAGGGAUCUUGUUCAGCAAGUCACUCUUAUGCGGAAUGAUGUUUUUUUCAUAAAAUUACUAUUAUUUUUAUUAUUUUGUUCUGAAAUAUGUAUCAAGAAACUUUCAGUUCCUAUAAGAAGAAUGUAAAAAUAUUGCAAUAAAAACAACUCAUUUUGGAAAAA